CGUCCGGCAACACUGAUGCUCUCCAUAUAAACGAGAGAGAGUAGAGUAGAGUAGAGUAGAACACUGAUGCUCGUCCGGACGACGUUCUUGUAUUUGUCUAGUCGACGUUCUCGUUAUUUUUAAGCCUUUGAAAGUGUACGAAAGGAAAGAAAAGAAAAUGAAUCGAAAUAAAAGAAUCAUUUUACACAUGGACGAACCAAAAGACAAAAAAAGAGAUUGGAGAAAAUCGAAACAAUUAGAGGAGGAAAGAAAAUUAGGAACAGCUCCAGCUGCUGUCGAUGAAGAAGGAAGAGAAAUCAAUCCGCACAUUCCUCAAUAUAUAGCAACUGCUCCUUGGUACUUUGGUUCUUCCUGUCCCACUCUGAAACAUCAACGACCUCAGCCAGAAAGACGACAAAGUUAUACCAAGAUCGAAGAACAUUUUGUUAGAGGACUAAAGGCAAAGACAGCCACCAAAUACAGAAAAGGAGCUUGUGAAAACUGUGGUGCUUUAACUCAUACAAAGAAAAACUGUUUUGAGGUAUUAACUUUAUUUAUUGAAUUAUUAAAUGAAACUAAUGUAUAAUAAUUAUGCAAUAACAAUAGUUUUCUCACUAGUCAUCACUUUGUCAAGAUGAGUGGACUUGAUAGUUCCAAUAACCCGUAAUGAUACCAGCAAGAGUGCAUCACAGACAAAAUAAUCCA